AUGGAGCCUUCUCCCUCUAUAAACUUGUCAACGCUGGAGGGCGACUUAGAAGCAGAAGACCAUCAUCCCCUCAUGAGAAUGGUUCCUCCUCCACCUGCCUUCAGCAGCCAAUGCGGGAUACACCAUUCACUCCAAAAAGGGGGGGAUUACUCAGUGUGGCUGGAUAGACCCCAGCCGCUGUCUGCCCAGCUUUUGUACAACGGCCAACUCCAUGCUUCGCCCUCACCCUGCUCGAACAGACGGGUGGAGCAGGAGAGGGAGAGAGUGAGGGAUGUACAGAAAGAGAAGAAAAACGAACGAUCAUCUGGGAACAAACUGAAUAAAAAGCACAAAGCCAGGGGCUGGGGCUCCAUGAAAAGUCCAAAAAAGAGUCCCAAGGAAUGUCCACAGAACAAACUAUCCUACAAUGACAUCUCUAUGGGGCCCUACACGUUACCUGGGUCCCCCUAUAAUGGACUGGGCCGGUCCCAACUGAACUUGAUGGAGAGAGAGAGAGAACUGUGCAACUACGAAGGUGGCAGGCCCGAUGCCACGUCACUGGAGAUGUACGAGCAACGCAGUCUCCCUGAGAUCAUCAUCACCACCAAAGAGGAUUCCCCUCAACAGGACCUGAAUGAGACCCCCGGCUUCCAGCAGGACUCGGACCAGGUCCUCACCCCGGUCAAGGAGCUCCAGGCCGGGGUUGAGGAGAUCCAUGCUAGCCCAGGGAGGUCCAGGCAUGCGGUCAGGGACUGUCCCGGAAGAAGGAGCCAGAACAUUGGCUGCAGACUGGUCCAACGAAGAAAGCUGUUUGAGAGGAGGCAGGGACUGAACGACUAUGCACUGGCUGUGGGGAUCUUUGGCAUGGUGGUCAUGGUGAUGGAGACAGAGCUUUCCUGGAGUGUUUACAGCAAGAGUUCCAUAUACUCCCUGGCUCUGAAGUCCGUCAUUACUUUGUCUACGGCCAUCCUGCUUGGGCUUAUUGUAGCCUACCACAUGUGUGAGAUCCAGCUCUACAUCCAUGACAGCGGCGCAGAAGACUGGCGAAUCGCCAUGACGACCGAGCGGGUCACCCUGAUCGCCCUGGAGAUGGCCGUGGCGGCCAUCCACCCGUUCCCGUUGGGCCUGCCGCUGGCGUGGAGGGAGCUGGCGCUCACGCCCACGCUCUCCGAGUCGGAGCUGGAGAUCGUGCUGGCGCUGCCCAUGUUCCUGCGGCUCUACCUGCUGGGACGCUGCAUGAUGCUGCACAGCCGCCUCGUCACCGACACGGCCUCCCGCAGCAUCGGAGCCCUCAACAAGAUUCACUUCAACACUCGCUUCGUGAUGAAAGCCCUGAUGACUAUCUAUCCUGGCACGGUGCUGAUGAUCUUCAGCGUGUCGCUGUGGAUUGUGGCUGCCUGGGGCCUACACGUCUGCGAGAGGCACCAUAACUAUCGGGACCUGAGCAGUAACUACAUGGAAGCCCUGUGGAUGGUGUCCGUCACCUUCCUGUCCAUUGGCUACGGGGAUGUGGUGCCGCACACCUACUGUGGACGCAGCAUCUGUCUUCUCACUGGAAUCAUGGGGGCUGGAUGCACGGUUUUGGUAGUGGCAGUGGUUGCCAGGAAACUGGAGCUGACCAGAGCAGAGAAACAUGUCCACAACUUCAUGAUGGAUUCCCACAUCACCAAGAGGAUAAAAAUUGCAGCAGCAAAUGUUUUGAGGGAAACGUGGAUGAUCUAUAAACACACCAAGCUGUCGAGAGAGAGACACCACUCCAGGGUGCGCAUGCACCAGAGAAAACUCCUAUUGGCUAUCCACCAGCUGCGGGAUGUUAAGAUGGAGAAGAGGAAACUGAUGGACCAGGCCAACACUCUGGUGGACCUUGGCAAGAUGCAGAAUAUGAUGUAUGAUAUGCUGUCAGAGGUACAAGGUUGCAGAGGAGACCUGGAGACGCAUGUGAAGAACCUGGAGGCACAUGUAGUGGAGCUGAGGGAGGGCUUUAGGACCCUGAUGCCCCUCCUCUCCAGCACUCUCUCCACACAGAACUCUUCAAUCCGACAUCUGCUCAGAGAGAGGGAGGUUCAGGCAGAGACAGCCAGUAUGGGUGGACAGGAUAGGUAAAGAAAACAGACAUCCUGAGACCAAGGAACGCUCUCAACUUUAGAAACCAUUAUUUGAAGCAAUUUAUAAAACCAAGUCCAAAGAGAUCUGUAGAUUUGGGGAAAAAGGUGGGAUUGACACCAGGUGUGGCAAACAGUGUUUAGACAAUUUGCAAGUUAAUUGUUAACAGCAUUUUUUGUGUAAUAGGGGCAUAUUUUAGCCAAAGAGUGACAGUUUAGCACUUAUGAGUGCAGAAAAUGGUAGAAAAGUUUGA